AUGGCCAGGAGGGAGAUGGCAAGGAGGAGGGAAGAGGAGGGUAGGAGGAGGGAAGAGGAGACAAAGCGGAGGGAAGAAGAUAGAAGGCGAGAAAUACAAUUGGAGAGAGCAGAGAGGGAGACUGAAAAAAUAAUAAAGGAAGAGGAGGGGAAGAAGCAGAGGAAGGAGGAGAGGGAGAGGAAGAGGGAGGAGAAGAGGACGCUAAAGAAGUUGUCUAGAUUUUUAAGUUGUUGUUUGCAAAAAGAAAUAAUUGGAGAAAUCAUUGAGGAACAGGCAGAGACAACUGUUAAUGAGGAAGAAGGCAAGGUUAGCAUAGCAAAAGAAAAGAGGAGGAGGAGACAGGCAAAGAAGGAAAUGAAGAGAAAAGAAAAGGAAGAAGAAGACAUAAAGGAGAAGGAGAGAGAAAAGAAAAGAGAGAAAGAAAGGAUGAGAAAGGAAAGAGGAAAAGAAGGCAGAAGAGGAGAAAAGAAAGGAGAGGAAAGAGAGAAAGAAGAUUAUGUUUUUCGCUUUUGGGCGAAACUGGAGGCUAAGAGAAAAGAGAGGAAAGUGGAGGAGGGAGAGGUGACAGUGGCAGAAGAGGUUGAGGAGGAGAAAGAGGAGAGAUGGAAGGAGCAGGAGGAGGAGGACUUUGAGGAGGAUUUAGAAGAUAGUGACGAUGAAUGGCGACCUUCAAAGGCAGAAAAAAUAGUAUACAGGGAGGAGCAGGAUGAGGAGAUGAUGGAGGUAGAGGAGGAGGAGGUGGUGGAGGAGGAGGCACGGGCGCAAAACAUAAAUCGAAAGAAUUUCCACAAGAUGAUGAAGGUCCAGGCCAAGAACCACAUUCAGUCCAUCCGGACCCCACGUUUAUAUCCAGAACGGGUUUGUCCGGAGGCUGAAUGUGGUGUGCAGACUGUGCGCCUGGACCUUAACCUCAUCCGGAAACACAGCAUGGUCCGGGGCUCACCUCAGUUCCUGUUGGCGAUGUCCGCAGGCGGGUCCUCCGACAGGGCUUAG